AUGUCUGAUAUAUUUAAUAACUGGUUCCUCGACAUUGUACCGGAUUCUGGACAAUGGACGGAGGGAAUACCACCACCGCCACCCCUACUACCAGCCUCAGUCGAAGUGCAGUCCGAGGAGCCCAAGGAGCAGCCAACUCCAGAGGUCUUAAUUGAGAAGGCCAAUGCCCGCCUAGAGCGGGUAGUUAUAGAAGGACGAAUGUCCUAUUUUAAGAAAUUUACAUCCCAUUUGAAAUACUCGGAGAUCGACUUGUCUGUGUCGAUUGAUGAAUUCCGGAAUGGAAAAUGUCCUAUAAAGGACAUUGACUGCGUUGAUUGGGACAAGAAGAAGAAGCUUGAGGCCGAGGCGCAAAGCGCCAGCCCCCGACACAAUAUCAAACGCAAGUUUGAUACAGCAUUCUCUCUCGAUAGAGAGUAA